CACCCCAUAUCCCUCGUACCAAACGAGCCGAUAGAUUCUUCCUCACCAGUCACCACAUAUCUUUCUCUCUCCUCUUAAUCAAUUCUUUCAAUUUUUGCAAGACUUCUUCUGCCUCCACUUUCUUCUACCAUGCUUCGAUCCUCUUUCUUCUUCUAUCAGAUCAUUCGUUUGAAUUUUAGGUUUUUUUUCCAUUUAUGGCGAGAAUGAAGAAAUUGCCAUCGGAAGACAACAAAAGGGAGGAAAGGGUUUAUUUUAUAUCCUCUCUAAUAUUUCUCCUUUCUUUUAAAUAAAUGGCGUCCAGAUCUAGCAGUUCUCCCUCGGCUUCCAACAGGAGUAUUGGCUUAGAGGCGUUAGGAAGUGCAGGAGCACAAAAAAAUAGUUCUAACUUCGAUUUUCAUGAUUUUUAGGUAAUAAUUUGCGAUUACCUUAAUCAAGAUGCCAAAGAUUUAGGUUUCUAAGGGGAGUAUUGAUUGGACGCAUGAAGAGAUAGCCCCAUGAAAAACCAUCAAGAUUUCAAAUUUUCAAUGGCGUAUAUAUUGGCCCGGAGGCAUUAGGAAGUUCAGGUAUUUCGUGUUUGUCUAAACCAAAUAUUUUGGUUGGAAUUGGAAUUUUGUGUUUUGGAAUUGGAAUUGGAAUUUCGUGUUUGUCUAAUCGUUUUGUGUUAAGGAUGAAUUAGGAAGGUAGCAAUAUAUUUUGGUUUCAAAAUAGAAAAAUGAAGGAUGGUAUUAACUAUUUUGAAAUCUUAUUGUGAUUUAACUUUUCAAUCUGGGUUUCCCUGGUUUUAAACUUUGUCUCUGUGGCUAUCAUGGUUCUGUUUUCAGGAUUACCUACACUGUUGAAUCGCAUCAUCUUAAAGUUUGACACACACAUGUCACUUUCUUUUUACAUUGUAUUUCCCGAGGAUUGCUAAACCUCAAGUGGCUCAAAUACAAUUAUUUUUAGUACCGACACAGCAUAUGUCAGUACCAAUAACACAAAUAAUUUGUAUUGGUACUUCUUAACUAGUCUUAGUACCAAUGUCAAAUUAGCGGGUACUAAUUACAAGCCACUUGUGUCCAUAUGGACACAAGUCACUUGAGGCCAAGACUUCCUCGUAUUUCCUUAUCUUUAGUUUUAAGGAAUGUGUUUCUGGGCUAUUAUUAACAGUCUAACUAUUCAUUGUAAUAUAGCCCUUUGGUAUCCACAAUGAAGGAGUAAGUCAAUGAGUAGUGAAUUGUUGACUCCAUUUGAAAUGGACAAUACUCAUCCAGGUCAUACCUCUCUUAAAUUCUGCCUAGAAAACUUUGCCUGAUAUUUUUAUAUGUGAUUAUUUUACAAGUCAAGGAUAGAAACAUGUCUCUAAAGCUUGUCUGUUUUUGGUGGCAACUGUGUCUCGAGACUUAAAGUGUAGGUUUCGGGUGUUGGAUGGUGUCAACUGUUACUCUUAUGGAAAUGCUGACAUCUUGGAAAUCUACUAGAUCAUCAUAUGAAAAUUGUAGUUAUAGUGUGAAAUGGCAAGUUAUUGCCAUGUUAUGUAGAUUUUAAUAUGUGCUAGCUUAAAAUGUGUUACUGGUGAUCUGCGAAGCAUAUGCUUAUCUAUGUAAUCCUUUGUCGAGCAAAAAAAGACACUCCACAAUUGGUCGACCUUGUAGCACUAUUCCUUGAUAAUCCCAUAGGAGCAAGUCAAAGACUCGCAUACUUGCUUGUAAUCAUGCAUGAACAUGGCAAAAAAUAGUCACAUAUGUUGUGUAAAGAUUUUGUUCGUGAUGCAACUUCCUUGCUUGAUAUCAUUGUCUUCUCACCCUUAUUGUGCUUAAACUGAUGUUCUUGUCCUGUCAGAGUGCUAGACAAUUCGUCGCAUAGUCUUCAGUUAAGUACUCCUAGAUAUCAUGUUCAUAGUAAAUUGAUGAAAAUUAUGGAUGUUAUAAUUAGUUGAAAAUGCACCCAAUUGGAAGUAAGCUCCUGCUGAUUUGGUUGAUUUGUUGAGAUUAUCUAAAACAAUUUUUUUACCAAUCAACCAAAUCAUCAAAUUUCUACGCACCGAUUAUUGGCUAAAACUAACGAACACCAAAGUUAGUUUUAACAAGAAAUACGCAUGCUCUUGAUUUACUCUCUCCGUUAAAAUCAUUCAAAAACCCUAAAUUUUGACCGGCUUCGAGCAAUUUCUUAUGAUCUUCGACAUAUGGUAUGGAUUACAAAAUUUUAGCUUAUUUUUGCAGAAUUAUUUGUUUUCAGUCGCUGGUGCUUUAUUACUCCUCAAUUAUUAAUUUGAAUUAUAAUGCUAGAUUUCUGAAAAAUGGAGAUGGAGACGAUCUUGAAGAUUUGGAUGGGAAGGUUUCUUAGCUUAAAAACGAGGAUUUUUGGCUUAUGAUAAUUUGAUACGGAGUAUAUCAUUUCAGUUUUGAAAGAUUUGUGUUCCAUGAAGUUAUUUUACACAUUUACAUGUGGCGAGAGGCUCCAUCUAAGUAUAGAGAAAGAAGAAAUGAAUCGAAAGGCUAAACUGCCAACGUCAGAGAUAGCAUCCGCGAUCAAUGAAUUUAGAUCCCGUCACCUCUCUGAGUUGACUGAGCUGUGUGAAGCUAGUGGAAGUUCUCUAGGUUAUGGAUAUUCUCGUGUCAUGACCAAACCCAAGUCUCAACCGCUGGAUCCAUCAGAUGAUAUGAUAACCCAAUUAUUGACGGAACACUGGCAAUAUGAGUAUGCAUCAGUUAGCGAAGAAGACAACAGAAAAAACUGUAUAGGUUGAUUACAGUCUCGUUAGGUUAAUUUGUAUAGAAAAUUUUGGCAAUAAUAUUCAAUAUACUCGUACCUCCUUUGAUUCAUUGUUCAAAAAAAUUCAUCGUUGAUCAAUGAUGACAAAUAUUCAUGUUCAUUUUCUGAAAGGAAUCCAAAAUUUUGGCUGUUCUUUUUUCUAA